AUGUCAAACUCCUCUCCGUCCUCCGCGUCGGCCAUUGUCGCCAAGGCUGUGUCCGGGUGGCACGACCUCAAGAUCGAGGGGUACUCCCUAACGAAUGGGAUCGGUAUCGGCGAGUUCAUUAGAUCGGAGACUUUUGUCAUCGCAGCCCAUCGCUGGUGUAUCAGAUACUACCCCGACGGCGCGGCUUUGGACGACGCCGACUGGAUUGCCAUCUACUCCGAUGGCGAGUAUGUGCAACGUGACGACAACACCGAUGGCAAGGACAUCAUGGUGAAAGUCUGCAUCAGUGUACUUGACGAUGGAGGACAGGUGUCUGUUCUCGGCAAGAGAAGCAACCAGUUUGAUAGAUGCGGUCCGCAAGAUCCGGCGCAUAGGUACAUCGUCGCUGCUCGGUCCCCGGUCUUCAUGGCGGAGCUCUUGGGUCCUAUGAAAGGGAAGGCGGCGGCCUGCAUACGGAUCGAUGGCAUGGAAGCUAAAGUCUUCAAGGCGAUGCUUCACUUCAUCUACGCCGACUUGUUGCCUGAGAUCGAUGAGGACGAAAUUGUGGGGAUGGCACAGCAUUUACUUGUCGCCGCGGAUAGGUAUAACCUCGAGAGGCUAAAGUUGAUGUGCGAAGAGACGUUGUGCAAGUCCAUCAACAAAGACACCGCGGCGACUACAUUGGCGUUGGCUGAACAACAUGGUUGUGAUGGUCUCAAGAAGGCAUGCUUCAAGUUCCUCGCUUCUGUUGACAACCUCAAGGCAGCCAUGGCAAGUGAUGGCUUUGCACAUCUGAAGAGCAGCUGCCCCUCCAUCCUAGAAGUGCUGGUCACCAAUCUUUCUCGCUGA